AGGGAGGAGGCCAGGGCCGCUGAUUGUUGCUACUGCUGCUAUUACUCUGGCUGGGAGGGUGGUUCCACUUCUCAACAUCACCGCCGGGGGAAAGUAGGGUGGGGAGGGGAGGACCUCCUUCGAGCAUCCGCUGCUGAUGCUGGACUCUGCAGCAUCCUCCUCCUCAGUCCCAGGGAAGAUGGAUUCGCUUGGUACCUCUCCCCCUUUGAAGCAGCUUCUCCUGGUCUGCGCGGGGGCAUCCAGAGCAACUAAUGAGGACACCUUACCAAGGAAUGCUGUAACACUGUAGGUGCUGAGAAGACUGGGACUAGAGGGGGGGAGGGGGGCAAUAACUAAAUGAAUGAAUGAAAUGGCAGCACCUAUUUGAAAGGCAUUCAAACCCUCAUAGACUCAAUUCCACAAAGAACAAUGUCCAAGAAAGGACGGAGUAAGGGCGAGAAGCCUGAGGCGCUGAUUGUGGCUCUUCAGGCUGCCAAUGAAGACCUCAGGACCAAGCUCACUGAUAUUCAGAUAGAACUGCACCAGGAGAAGUCUAAGGUGGCAAAACUCGAAAGAGAAAAAACCCAAGAAACCAAACGAAUCCGUGAACUGGAGCAGCGCAAACAUACAGUCUUGGUCACAGAACUUAAGGCCAAACUCCAUGAGGAAAAAAUGAAGGAACUGCAGGCCGUCCGAGAGAACCUGAUCAAGCAGCAUGAGCAGGAAAUGGCACGGACGGUCAAAGUACGUGAUGGGGAGAUCCAGAGACUCAAGUCAGCCCUGUUUGCCCUCCGGGAUGGCAGUAGUGACAAAGUAAGGACAGCGUUGACCAUUGAGGCCCGUGAGGAGGCCCGGAAACUCUUUGACUCAGAACGCCUCAAGCUUCUCCAGGAGAUCACUGACCUUAAGUCAGCCAAAAAGCAGGUGGAUGAGGCACUGAAUAAUAUGAUCCAGGCUGACAAAAUCAAGGCUGGAGACCUUCGGAGUGAGCAUCAGUCCCACCAGGAAGCCAUCUCCAAGAUCAAAUGGGAAUGUGAACGUGACAUCCGGAGGCUGAUGGAUGAAAUCAAAGCCAAGGAUAGGAUCAUCUUUUCCCUGGAAAAAGAGCUGGAGACGCAGACAGGCUAUGUCCAAAAGCUCCAGCUGCAAAAGGAGGCUUUGGAUGAGCAGCUCUUCCUGGUAAAGGAAGCUGAGUGCAACAUGAGCAGCCCCAAACGAGAAAUUCCAGGAAGAGCUGGAGACGGCUCUGACCACUGCGGUAGCCCUGACUUACGAAGAAACCAGAAGAGAAUUGCUGAGUUGAAUGCCACCAUAAGGAAACUAGAAGAUAGAAAUACAUUACUUGGAGAUGAAAGAAAUGAGUUGUUAAAACGUGUACGAGAAACUGAAAAACAGUGUAAGCCUCUCCUGGAAAGGAACAAGUGCCUCACCAAGAGAAAUGAUGAGCUGAUGCUGUCUCUUCAGCGAAUGGAAGAAAAGCUAAAAGCUGUCACCAAGGAGAAUUCUGAAAUGAGGGACAAAAUGACAUCACAUCCUCCCUUGAAGAAGUUAAAGUCUCUGAAUGACCUUGAUCAAGCUAAUGAAGAACAGGAGACAGAAUUUUUAAAACUUCAAGUCAUUGAGCAGCAAAAUAUUAUUGAUGAAUUAACUAGGGACCGGGAAAAGCUUAUCCGUCGCAGAAAACAUAAGAGAAGUUCCAAACCAAUUAAGAGGCCUAUUUUGGACCCAUUUAUUGGAUAUGAUGAUGACUCUAUGGAUUCAGAAACAUCAUCCAUGGCCUCCUUUAGGACAGACAGAACACCAGCCACUCCAGAUGAUGACUUAGAUGAGAGUUUGGCAGCUGAAGAAUCUGAGCUGCGGUUUCGCCAGUUAACGAAAGAAUAUCAGGCUCUCCAGAGAGCAUACGCCCUUCUGCAGGAGCAGACAGGAGGGAUCAUAGAUGCUGAAAGAGAAGCCAAGGCCCAGGAGCAGUUACAAGCAGAAGUGCUCAGGUAUAAAGCCAAAAUUGAAGACCUGGAGGCAACUUUGGCUCAGAAGGGACAGGAUUCACACUGGGUAGAAGAUAAACAACUUUUCAUUAAGAGAAACCAGGAGCUUUUAGAAAAGAUAGAAAAACAGGAGACAGAAAACAACCGAUUACAACAGGAACUGCAAGAUGCCAGAGACCAGAACGAGCUGCUGGAGUUCCGAAAUCUGGAACUGGAAGAAAGAGAAAGAAGAUCACCUCCAUUUAACCUACAGAUUCAUCCAUUCUCCGAUGGUGUAAGCGCACUACAGAUAUAUUGCAUGAAAGAAGGUGUCAAGGAUGUGAGCAUCCCAGAUCUCAUUAAACAGCUUGACAUUCUGGGUGACAAUGGGAAUUUACGGAAUGAAGAACAAGUGGCCAUUAUUCAGGCCAGCACUGUACUUUCCCUUGCAGAAAAGUGGAUCCAGCAGAUCGAAGGGGCAGAGGCUGCAUUACAUCAGAAGAUGAUGGAGCUAGAAAGUGACAUGGAACAAUUCUGCAAGAUCAAAGGUUACCUGGAAGAAGAACUAGAUUAUAGGAAGCAAGCACUUGACCAAGCUUAUAUGAGAAUCCAGGAGUUGGAAGCCACUUUAUAUAAUGCUUUGCAGCAAGAAACUGUGAUCAAAUUUGGUGAAUUAUUAAGUGAGAAGCAACAAGAAGAAUUAAGAACAGCAGUAGAAAAAUUACGGAGGCAGAUGCUGAGAAAGAGCAGAGAAUAUGACUGUCAGAUCCUUCAGGAGAGAAUGGAACUGCUACAACAAGCCCACCAGAGAAUCCGAGACUUAGAAGACAAAACUGAUAUCCAGAAAAGACAAAUAAAGGAUUUAGAAGAAAAGUUUCUGUUCCUAUUCUUGUUCUUCUCUCUUGCCUUUAUUCUUUGGCCUUGAUGUCAAGGUGCCUCUUAAAGAGUUACAGACAACAUGGAUGAGACCUUAGACAAGCUAAUGCUUCCAAACAUGUGAAGAUAUAAAAAAUUGUUUACACCGAUGGGGUAUUAAAACAAAACAAAACAAAAAAAAAACCAACAAAAAAACAAGAACUACCCAGUAGCCAAGACUACAACCCAUGUAUUUUAAAGCCAUUAUUCAAGAUUUCUUACUUGACAGUUCCUACAUGACCCUGUCAAAAAUCUACAAUAUAUGCUGCAUUUAAUGACAACUGUAGAUGUUGAACUAGAAGAAAAGAACUAUGAACAUAUAUUGUUUAAAGAGAAAUAUCAAGGAACCAUUUUCAGCAGGUCAAGCAAAGAUGUGUCUUGGGCAUGGAACCAAAGUUACAAUGGAACAAUAUUCCCCUGCUGUGCAGGGAGGUCAUUUUAAUGUAACAACAAUACCCCACAAAAAAACCAGUUCUAAUCAUUAAAAAAAACACACACAACAUUUUAAAAAAGGGAGGGAGGGAGGAGGGGAGGUAAUAAGCACGAUGAAUACCCUACAAACUAUGAGGAGCUAUUUACAAUAAAAUAUUAAAUUUGAAAAGUC